AUGCCACUUCUUUAUGUCGGUACCUACACACGUAAAGAAGGUCACGUGCAUGGUCAUGCAACUGGAAUUCAUGUUUACUCCUUUAAUGAUAUCACAGGAGCGCUCGAGUUGCUGCAUAUUACGAAACAUGCUGGUAUUAAUCCAUCUUACGUUUUUGGGUCGGAUGCCACACUUUAUACUGUAAAUGAAUGUAAUGAACCAUCAACGCUUGAAGCUGGACAAGAAACAGGCUUUAUUCAUGCGUAUAAGAUGGAAAUUGAUGGACAAUUGACACAAUUGAGUCAGUAUGAAACUCGUGGUACGUUUCCAUGUCAUGUCGCACUCAGUCCGAAUCGAGACUUUGUCUCCGUCGCAAAUUAUGGUGGUGGUCUGUCACUUUAUCCUGUAAAUGCAGAUGGAUCAUUAGCUCCUGUAUCGGAUUUUCAUUGUCUUCAAGGUGCAAGUCGAGUCAUUCCAGACCGUCAAGAAGCCUCUCAUAUUCAUAGCACGGCGUGGACACCAACAGGUCUUGUUGCAGCCGAUCUAGGCACUGAUCAACUGGUGCAGUACACACUUGAUGCUGUUCACAAGAAACUGAUUCAUGAGGAACUCAUUGCUUGUCCACCAGGCUCGGGUCCACGUCACUUGGCACUCUCCGUGGAGUUGCGUGUGGCUUACGUCAUUGGUGAGCUGAACAACACUGUUAGCGUGCACUCGCUCGAUCCCGAGACUGGCAAGUUGAGUCAUAAGGCGCUGCAGAACAUUUCGACGCUGCCAAGCGAUUACUCGGGUCCUCCUGCACUGGCGUCGGAUAUUCACAUCUCGAGUAACACCAAGUUUGUGUACGCGGCCACGCGCUUUAGCAACACCAUCGCAGUCUACAAGAUCCUGCCUGACACACGUCUUGAGGUAGUGGAGAUCAUUCCUACACGGGGCAAGACGCCCCGUGAUAUCCACGUGUACAAGGAUUUCCUGCUAGCGGUCAAUCAAGAUACUAAUAGCUUGGACGUAUUCCGUACUGACGAAGAGACCGGUAAACUCACGUACACGGGCAAUUCCAUUGAUUGUCCAUCACCGUCGUCCAUGUUUAUCGCUCCGUAG